AUGGCUGGCACAGAGCCGACAGCUAAAUACACGAAAAGCGUGGGCAUCGAAGGUGCUAGAAAUGCCAAGGCUAGAAAUGUGGCCCGUGCGGCUCCCGAGGGCUGCACCCAAUGGCACGCACCAGGCAAACACCCCUGGGCGCCAGCCCCGUAA